AUGGUACAAAGCCAUGCACUACAAAUGCUAGCGCUGACUCUUAUGGAGCCUCCUACAGAUUUUACAUCUCAGAGUAUUCGCAAUGAAAAACAGAAAGUCCUUGCGGCUUUACGGUUAUACGAAAAACCCGAAGAUAUGCUGGAUAGUGUUGUAAGAGCUCAGUACGAAGGAUAUCUUGAUGAAGAGGGUGUCCCAAAAGAUUCAAAAACAGAAACUUUUGUUGCUCUCAAAACCUAUGUUGAUAAUUGGCGCUGGUCAUCUAUGCCUAUAUUUAUUCGCUCAGGCAAGGCGCUUAGUGAAAAGUGCACUGAAUUAGUAGUUUACCUUAAAGAGAUACCCCAUAAUAUUUUUAAGCAGACAGCAGGAAUUGAUCGUAUUUCUUCAAAUAAGAUAACAUUUAGAAUUCAACCAGACACAUUUAUUCGACUGAAGGUGCAAACUAAAGUUCCUGGUAAUAGAAUAGAACUCCUCUCUACUGAUUUAAAUUUUCCCUAUCAGGAACAGUUUAAGAAUGUAGAUUUUAUUAAUGGGUAUGAUAGAAUUCUCUUCAGUGCUAUGUCUAAUGAUUCAUCUUUGUUUCUUUCCAGUGGUGAAUUAUUUGCACAGUGGAAAUUCACUGAUUCAAUACUAGAGCAGUGGCAUUCAACAA